UUCUUCCACUGGAUUGCUUCACAGCUCUUCUCCUGGGCGUCGGGGCGAGAUGGCGGCCCGUCUGUCCAGAGACUUCGAAAGUUUCACUUGGAAAGAAGAUCCUGGCGCUAUGUUUGGAUCAGUUCUGACCUCGAUUGUCACAGGUGGAGGUGGGCUGAUGUCAGUAGCGCACUCAGGAGGCAAACACUCCCCAAGGAAGAUGAGGAGAGAGCUGAAGGUAGAUGCCACCUUAGACUUCCCAGUGAGGGCACUCAGGGAGACAAAGGUGACUGUGCAGCGGAGAUCCAGUAAGUGUGAGGAGAGCAUGCCAGCGCUAGGGAACCUAGGUCCCGAGAAAGCCCAGGAGUGCUUCCGGAACUUCUGUUAUUGUGAGGCACCUGGACCGUUCGAGGCCGCCAGCCGACUUCAGGAAUUCUGUUGUCAGUGGCUGCAACCAGAGCUACACUCCAAAGAGCAGCUGGUGCAACUGCUGGUGCUGGAGCAGUUCCUGGCCAUUCUGCCCCAGGAGACCCGAGCCUGGGUGCAGAAGCAUCGUCCACAGACCAUCAAUCAGGCUGUGACCCUGGUAGAAUACUUCCAAAGAAAACCUGAUGAAACAAAGGAUGAGAACUUGUUGACAUUUGAAGAUGUGAACGUGUGUUUUUCUGACGACGAAUGGCAGCUACUGGACCCUUCUCAGAAGACCCUCUAUGGCGAUGUAAUGCAAAAUAUCUAUGAGGAUGCUGCCUACCUAGGUUUAAAGCUCAGAAAUGAUGCUAGCAAAAAGUAUCAUGUAAUCUUUACUCCCUCACCACCACGACGCCGUGUAUCCAGAAACAGACAAAGAAAAAUUUCCCGCUAG